CUCUCUCUCUCUAUCUCUUUUUCCCUUUCUCUCCUUCUCUUUGUCCGAGGUUCUGUUUGGUCUUUGGCCUUUGGUCUCUCAGCUCAGAUAAGCUUUUCUUGGUGAGAGUUUCAAGCUUAUCACACACUUUUUAUUGUUAUUGUUAUCGUUUUCUUUUCUUUUUUCCUUUUGGUUUCAAAGGUUUCUCUGUAAAGCUCUGCAUUGCUUUCAAAAUCUCCAAGUGAUCUGUGAAAAAUGGUGGAGGAGAAGACUGUGAUUGCGAAAGAUGUUACUGAAUUAAUUGGUAAGACACCAUUGGUGUAUCUCAACCGUGUUGUAGAUGGUUGUGUUGCUCGAAUUGCCGCUAAGCUAGAGAUGAUGGAGCCCUGCUCUAGUGUGAAAGACAGGAUUGGAUAUAGUAUGAUCUCUGAUGCAGAGGCAAAGGGCCUCAUUACUCCGGGUGAGAGUGUCUUGAUUGAACCUACCAGCGGCAACACUGGCAUAGGCUUGGCAUUCAUGGCAGCUGCCAAGGGUUACAAACUCAUAAUUACCAUGCCUGCUUCAAUGAGUCUUGAAAGAAGAACCAUUCUUCGAGCUUUUGGAGCUGAGCUGGUUUUAACAGAUCCAGCCAGGGGUAUGAAAGGGGCUGUUCAGAAGGCGGAAGAGAUACUGGCAAAGACUCCCAAUGCUUACAUUCUUCAGCAAUUUGAGAACCCUGCAAACCCAAAGGUCCAUUAUGAGACCACAGGACCAGAGAUCUGGAAAGGGACUGGUGGUAAGGUUGAUGCGCUCGUGUCUGGGAUAGGAACUGGAGGUACAGUAACAGGUGCUGGAAAGUAUCUCAAAGAGCAAAACCCUGACAUCAAGCUCUAUGGGAUUGAACCAGUUGAAAGUGCAGUAUUGUCUGGAGGCAAACCUGGCCCACAUAAGAUCCAAGGAAUUGGUGCUGGCUUCAUCCCUGGAGUUCUGGAUGUCAAUAUACUUGAUGAAGUUGUUCAAGUAUCAAGUGAAGAAGCUAUUGAAACUGCUAAGCUACUUGCAUUGAAAGAAGGUUUGCUGGUAGGAAUAUCAUCUGGUGGUGCAGCUGCUGCUGCAAUUAGGAUAGCAAAGAGGCCAGAAAAUGCUGGAAAACUCAUUGUUGUGAUCUUCCCCAGCUUUGGAGAGCGUUAUCUGUCGUCUGUGCUGUUUGAAUCCGUAAAGCGAGAGGCAGAGAGCAUGGUUUUUGAGCCCUGAGAUAUUCCGUGGCUUCAAGUCAUGCUGUUUGCAUCUGAGAUGGGCAUAGAACAUGGUUUUCGAGCUACAAUUUGGCUUAUCGUUUGGAUACUGUUGCUUCCUCGUGUCUACCAUGAAUAAAUUAUGUGAAUAGUAUCAAUGCUUUGAACUGUUGUAUAUUGAUUAACCAAGGAAUGUAUGUGGUGACCUGAGACUCAGAAUUCCUCAAGUCUUGAGAUUAAAUAAGGUAAUUUAUGUAGUUCAUUUCUUGGAAUAGUCCAA